AUGUUCAAGACAGAGUUCCACCCCCACAGCAGUCACCCUACAACUGUCAAGACAUUUUCUACUUACGGGACCAGAUUGGGAACACGUUCACCCAUGGUUGAUAAUACACCUUGGCACCCUUUUACCUGUUGUGUGGACUUUGAGUUCACUGAGCUUGUGCACAAAGCUGCGCUGAACAAGGACCAAAUGAAUGAGCUGUUGAAGUUCAUUUGGCAAGUUGCAGAUGGUCACACAAUGUUUUUGUUCAAAACACACACAGAUGUUACGACUGCAUGGGCUAGGGCAUCUAGCCAGAUGACACCAUUCGAAAAACAUGUUAUACUCAUUGAUUACAAGAAGGAAACAAUUGAGUAUGAAGUUUAUCUGCGGCCUCUGUGGGACUGGGCAAUGAACCUAUUAGCCAAUCCCUUGUUGGCUCCGCACUUGUCCUUAUUACCUGAGAAUGGAGCGCCCUUCAUGUUCAUAUUAUAUGCCAACAAAACUCAUCUUUUGUCGGCUGGUACUGUCAAAGCAUACCCAGUAAUUGCCCCCUGUGGGAAUCUACCAGUCAAUAUUAGGAAUGUCAAUGGUCCUGGAGGAGGGCGUCUGGUAGGUUGGUUACCAAUUGUUCCCGAGGAUUCAGAUGAGGAUGGCAAACUUUCAUACACAAAUUUGAAGCAUGUUGUAUGGCACGAAUUAUUUUCAAUCCUGCUUGCAACUAUCAUGGUUUUAUCUGCAACUGGGUUUGCACAUGAGUGCUAUGAUGGAACUCAAUGCUGGCUAUUCCCAUUAAUUCUGAUCCUAUCAGCUGAUUACAAAGAGCAGUGUGUGAUGGCGCUAAUUCAGGGCCUUAAUUCUGCCUGCCCUUGCCCCAUUUGCCUGGUCCCGAGAGAAGAACUCACCAACCUUUCAACAACUUACCCUAAGCGCACUGUUAAAGAUGCACAAGAUCGUGUCAAGUUAUGGUCCAGAGACCGCAUUGUGGGUGAGGCAGAACUGAGGAAACAGAGCUUGAGGCCUAUCAAGAAUGCAUUAUGGAAAGUCAAGCUGUCCAACCCACAUGAUGCGCUCUCGCAAAAUCCACUACAUCUCUAUCAUAAGGGGAAGUUUGGCGAUCACUUGUUCAAUGAUUCACAGAAUGUGCUCACACAUGUGGAAGAUGAAGCUGGCUAUGCACUCUUAAAGUGCAUAGUGAGCUAUCUUCACAUUGAUAUGUAUGUAUUGCUUGAUGUUCAUACUGAAAGUGCUCUUGCAGCUGGAGAGGUGGAGAUCCUCAUGUUUCAGAAACUGUUAGAUGAAUAUAUUGAGGCCCUUGGUGAUGACACGACUAAGAAUUGGAAUUUCCCAAAGGCUCACACCUCAAGGCAUGUAUUCAUUGACAUUAGGGAGAAAGGAGCAGCUCAAAACUUCAGCACCAGACCGAACAAGAAGCAACAUGGACCGAUCAAAUGUGCAUACAAAUUGCAAACAAAUGGGAAGGAUAUUGCUAACCAGAUACUUGGACUAGAUCAUAUGACCCUCGUCUCUGGGCUCAUCCACAGCCGCGUUGGCUACCUUGACAAAGAACAACACAAGGCCAUGCUCUCAGAGAGAGAACUUGAGGAGGAAGACCUAGAUGAUCAACCUUUUGGUGGACAUAUUCACCUUGGUGCCCUGCAACACUCCCUGACCCUUUCACAGCUUGAAGAAGAAAAUGCAUCCAAGCCUGCCUUUGUGCAGUUCCGCAAGAAACUUUCAUUAUUCCUCAACAACUUUCUGCCUGCCUACAACAUACUGCUACCUGAUGGCAAAAUGUGGCUGAUACUCUCAGCACAAGAUACAGUCCAGGAGCAUCGGUUCCUCAAGGUCAACUACAAGUCUGCUGUGGAUUGGAAGCUCACUACAGAUUAUUUGCAGUGUAACCUGAGCUUUCAUGGCCAUGAGCGAUGCGACUGUGCCCUGAUUCACACCAAUGACAAAGAUGGCAAUGACAAGAACAUUUUUGUUCGCAUCUUGCUUAUGUUCAAGCUCACAGUUGGCAGCAAGGUUUUAGAUCUCGCUUUAGUUCUACCUAUGGAUCUGCAAAUGGGUCUGCGACAUGCUAUUGACCGAGAUUUGCGACUGACUCGUCUUCAUGCGUGA